AUGCAAGUUGUAAAAACUACCCAAGAAUUUUCGAUUGGCGAUCGAUCGAAGAUUUCUGUGUCCUUUGGCAACUCGGGACUUUUGAAAGCAUUGCGAGUCGGUAACACGACGUUCCCGGUUCACCUGGAGUUUGUGAAAUACGGGACUCGUGGAAAACACCAGGACCGAAGCGGUGCCUACUUGUUUUUACCCGACAAACCAGAACCGGAUGCGAUAUACGCUGACACUGAGAGGGUUGUCCACCUCGUCACCGGGCCGAUUUUGUCGAGAGUUUUCGUCGAAUUACCGAAUGUACGUCACACUUGCACUCUCUUCAAUUCACCAGGAAGCGACGGUCUCGGAUUGCAAAUACAAAACGAGGUCGAUAUCGCAGAUACGCAGUAUUUCGAACUCGCAAUGAGAUUCGACACUGACAUCGCGUCGGGCAAUGAAUUUUUCACGGAUUUGAACGGUCUCAAUAUGAUUCGACGACAACGGUUCGCUAAAUUACCCACUCAAGCGAAUUACUACCCUCUCGCCUCCGCUGGUUACAUCGAGGACAAACGAGUUAGAAUGACUGUGGCGACUGCACAACCAUUGGGGGCUGCAUCCAUGGCUUCGGGACAAUUUGAAAUAAUGCAAGAUAGACGACUUCUUUAAGAUGACAACAGAGGUUUGAGUCAGGGGGUGAUGGAUAAUUACUACCCUCUCAGGAAUCGCG